AUGACAAUUCAUGAAGUGCACUCAAGUGCGCUGCUACUGUUUACUAAUCUCACCUCUGUGCUAUGGUUUAAAAAUAAUAGAAAAUAAUGGUGCCUGUCACUGUUUUUACGCAAUUAAUUAAUGGAAAACUAAAUAAUAGAGUGUCUUGAAAUAUUUUAAAGAAAGUACCCGAAUUUUUCGACAAAUAUGAUGAUGUAUUAUACAAAAUUAAAUACUUAACCUGUUAUGAAAGCACUGUAUGAAAUAAAUUUGGAUAUGUAAAUUUUAUAAACUGUACAUUUCUGAACUUUACUAAUUAUGAAUUCAACAGAAAAGUGUAAAGUUUCAUUACCUGCGAAUGAAGACUGUAUUACAUAUAAGUCUCAAUUUGUUGGAUUAGAUGAUAAGCCGCAUGAUACAAAGUGUCUUUUGUGCGAUACUAAAUUUGUUUUGCCCGAUAAUGAAAAAGAUUUUCUGACACAUUUAUUCAAAGAACAUAGACUUGUAAUAGGAGAUGUAUGGAAUAUUGCUAGUUUAAAAAGCUAUGUACAUUAUUGGGGUGUCAAGCUCAAGGAAGAGCCAUUAGUUAAAUAUUGUACAACUCUGUUAAUGAAUUGUACACCAGAUGGGAAGCCAAGCGAAAAUGAAAAAUACUUUCUAUUGUCUGAUUGCAUCUCAGAAGAUAAAGUUCUAAGGGAUGAGAUACAUAAAGCUAAACUGGAAUGGGUUUUAUCAGAACAAGCAAGAGAAAGAACAGAUACUGGCUUUAAACGUGGUUGUAUUUUCUGUAGAAUGGAAUUUUCUGGUCUGCGCAUUACAUACGUAAAGCAUCUAGCUCAAAAGCACAAUUUAUAUCUUGGAAAACCAGACAACUUAGUCUUUAUAGAUGAAUUUUUAGAUAAAAUUCAGACUACUAUUGAAAAUUUGAUAUGUAUAUUCUGUGAAAAAUUAUUUAAAGAUCGUACAGCAUUAAAGGAACAUAUGCGUAAAAAAUUACACAAAAGGAUAAAUCCUACUAAUACAGAAUAUGACAAAUUUUAUGUAAACAAUUACUUGGAACCUGGAAAAUCAUGGAAACAUAGACAGAGUAAUUGCAACGAAAAUAAUGAGGUAGAGGAUCAAAAUAGUGAAAACGAGGACGAGGAUACAUGGUCUGAUUGGAAUGACGAAGGCAUUGGUAUAUUAUGUUUGUUUUGCAGUUACAGUGACAAGCAUUUCCAUCAAGUUCUUAUUCAUAUGAAGACAGAACAUAAUUUCGAUUUUAAAAUUGCCUCGAAAGAUUUAACAUUUUACCAAAAAGUAAAGGUGGUGAAUUAUGUGAGGAGACAAAUUCAUUUACAGACUUGUGUUUUCUGUGAAACAAAAGUGGAAAAUAUUUUGCAACACAUGAAGGAAGAGAAUCAUUUUAAAAUACCUCCUCAAAAAACGUGGGAUCAACCAGUGUAUUAUUUUCCUAUGAGUGAAAACGAAUCGUUUUUAUAUAAUUUGGAUACAAGUAGCACUAGUGACGAAGAAAGUGAUAUCGAAAAUCCUACAGAACUGGUGUAUGAAAAACCUAAAGAAUAAAGGCUGCCUGUGUAGACGAAAAUAUAUUUAAUAUUCGUAUUUUGCAUUAUCCGAAGUAAUAUAACUUUAUCAAUAAAAUAAUAUAUUUUGAGUAUAGCAAUUUAUAUAAGUAAUAAUCAUGUCUCAUGAGAGAAUAGUGGAAUUCUAUAUAGAAUGUAUUUGCUAAAAUAUAAAAAUAUAAUGAAAA